AUGGGCCUCGGUGGGACACUCAGUCGAAUCAAACGGAUUGGCGCCACUGGCCAGCAUGACAGACGCAAAGGGACGCCUUGGUAUCAUUGGUUUUCCAAGCAUGAUACCCCAGCUGAGAGGAAACUGCUCCUGAAGCUCGAUCUUCUCAUCAUCCCUUAUGCCUUUGUCGCGUACUGGGUCAAGUUUGUUGACCAGGCUAAUGUCAACAAUGCAUAUGUUUCAGGAAUGAGAGAGGAUCUGAAUUUCCGCGGAAACGAGCUGGUCAGUAUUCAAGCAAUGUAUACCGCAGGCGUGGCAAUAGGUGGAAUCCCCUUGAUCUUCCUCCUCCCGCGAUUUCCUGUGAAUUGGACGAUUCCGGCGCUUGAAUUCGGCUGGGGAGUAUUUACUCUCUUGCAAUAUCGGACUGCUUCUUACGCCGAGAUCCGGGCUUAUCGAUUCUUUGUUGGUGUUUUUGAGGCUGGCUUCUUUCCCGGGGUUAACUACGUGCUCGGCUCGUGGUAUCGAGGCGAUGAGCUCGGUCGACGUGGUGGCAUGUUCUAUACUGGCCAAAUGCUUGGAAAUCUCACCGCCGGGUUGCUUCAGAGCGCAGCGUCUGCUCAUCUGGACGGUGUCAAUGGUCUUGCAGGGUGGCGCUGGGCAUUUAUACUCGAUGCUAUCAUCACAUUCCCCGUGGCCAUUAUCGGUUUUGCAAUCUGGCCCGGCACUCCGGCAAAACCGAACAGAUGGGUAUUAAGUGAACAGGAUAUUAUCUUUGCCCGAAAACGCCUUGAAGCCGCCCGAAACGACGUUGACGAGGAAGCCACAAUCAAAAGCAGGACGGCCCUUCAGUUCCUGCGCGAGUAUCUCUGGGACUGGAAAUUCUGGUACGGCGGCUAUCUUCUCUGGCUCAAGAGCCUGAACCGGUACUCUGUUCCUAGAGUAAACGAGUUAGGAACUACCUCACCAGCCAUCGGUAUUCUCUUAGUGCUUAUCGCUAACUUUACUUCUGAUCUCGCCCUCGGCCCCCUGAUGACCCUUACUCUCGCACUAACCUGGAAUCUAGUCUGCAUGGUCAUUCUAGCCAUCUGGCACGUGCCCGAGGCUGCGUUGUGGUUCGCCUUCAACACCCUCUACGUCCAGGUCUCCUCGGCGGCUCUGUUUUACGGCUGGUUGAAUGAGAUCCUGCGGCGGGACUUGCUCGGCCGCUCUGCUACGCUGAUGAUAUCCUACAUGAUCGCACAGAGCAGUACUGCAGGAACCAGUGUAGCUGUGUUCCCGACCUCUGAAGGCCCGAGGUUCCUUAAGGGCUGGACCUUUGCCGGUGCCCUGUCUGUGGUCUUUAUUGUCUAUACGUGGGCCGUGGUGCUGCCGUUGUCCAUUAGGGACGAGAAGAAAUACGCUCAGGAUGACAGGGAUGGCAGCGUGGAGAGUGUUGAGCGAGUCAGCGAGGGAUUUGAGCCGACUGCCAAAGACAAAGGCACUGAGGCUUGA